GGCAGCUGAUGGACAAACCGCAGAGAGAGCAGCAGCAGCAGCAGCAGCAGCAGCGGCAGCAGCAGGUGUGUCCAGGUGAAGCUCACUCUACCUGCAGACCAGGUGAGAGGCUGGAUUCUGCUGAGGGAGACCCCUCACCUGGAAACAUGUACGUCAGCUACCUGCAGCUGGACAAGGACCCCGCCAUGUACCAGAACCCGGUGUCCCGCCACCCGGGCCUCAGCCUCAGCCCGCAGAACUUCCCCGCCCCGCCGCAGUACUCGGACUUCGCCGGCUACCACCACCACCACCACGGCCUCGGCAACGACCCGCACCCGGGCCAGCAGGCCGGGCCGGGCGGCGGCGGCUGGAGCCCGGCCUACCCGCCUCCUCCUCCGCCCUCUCGGGACGACUGGUCGUCGCAUCACUACGCGGCGGCGGCGGCAGCGGCGGCGGCCGGCGGACCUCCGGCCUCCACCGUCCCCGGAGCCGUGGGUCCCUCUCUGGGCUUCAGCCCCCCGGAGUUCCCCGGACAGCCGCCCGCGCUGCUGCCCGCCUCCCUGAACGCGUCUGGUGGGCAGCUGUCCCCCGGAUCCCCGCGGAGGAGGAACCCGUACGACUGGAUCCGAACCUCGGCUCCGACCAACAACCCAAAUGGAAAGACGCGAACUAAGGACAAGUACCGGGUGGUUUAUACCGACCACCAGCGGCUGGAGCUGGAGAAGGAGUUCCACUACAGUAAAUACAUCACCAUCCGGAGGAAGGCGGAGCUCGCCUCAGCGCUCAGCCUAUCAGAGAGACAGGUGAAGAUCUGGUUCCAGAACCGGCGGGCGAAGGAGCGAAAGAUCAACAAGAAGAAGCUCCAGCAGCCGGCCUCCUCCACCACCACGCCCACCCCUCCCACCGGCAGCGGCGGCGGUGGUCUCCAUGGAAACGGCGGCAGCAGCGUCGCCAUGGUGACGAGCAGCAGCGGCGGCAGCAACGGUCUGGUGUCUCCGUCUCUGGCUCUGAACAUCAAAGAGGAAUACUGAGGACGACGGCGGGAAAUUAGUCUAAAAAUUCUCCCCAAUGAGCCGAAUCCACCUUCUGCUCGGCUAAAGCUAAGAGAAAAUUUGAGAAAAUGUCGACGGACGGUGACCCAGCAGCUGCUCUUCUCCAUCCUGUCAGACUUUUGUUGCAGAAAACUCUUAUUGGACUCUCAGCCAAUGUGAAAUCAGGCUGUCACUGAAGCUCGGCCGGUUUGAAAGACUUCGUAAACAGGAAGAUCCAUCGAUCCAAACACCAAAAACGUCUGGCUGAAGUGUUUAAAAGGAAGCAACUGAAUGUAGAAUAUUUCCAUUUGAUGGAGUCUUUGGUUUGAAUAUUUUACUAAAUAUUAGCUGCAAUGAAAAAACUGCCACAAGUAGAAAAUGCUGUAGAGGGCACUGUCAGACAGGCUCGUUUCAACCUCUAAAGUGACUUAAAAAGGGACAUUUUCAGGGUAAAUUCAGUUUGUUUAUAGCUUGAAGAUAAUUGUGUUUCUUUAAAUUCUCUCCACAUGUCUAGAAAUCCUCUUAUUUGACUUUAAACGUGUUGCAGCUGCAGAAAAAGAGGCUGAAAUGACCAAAAACAUUGCAUAAAUGUAGUUUCUUAUCCGGUUUCCCCUCAAUGUUACUGAUCAUAGAAACACCAGAAACUCGAAUGUUGAUUUUCUCAGCAGCAGUUUGAAGGAUUUCAACUCAGAAACCUGUUUUUUUCUGUCAGCUCUAAACACUACAACACCCAUGAUGCUCUGCUGCCAGUGAAGCCGGUCAGGAGUAAAUCUGAGCACGUUUUGAAUUCAAGGAAUAAAUGUAUUCGUCCAGAACUGACCAGAAGUGAAUGAAGUUACAGAUUAUAAAAAACCAACAGAGUCGUGUUUGGUUUGAACAUCAGGACCUUUAAUGCUGUGUUUGAGUCACGUUGGGUUGGAAAUUUCCAUGAAAACGUCAUGUUUAGUCAAGUUUUCAAGCAGCUCAGUUGGAGGUUUCCUGUAGAAAUGUGCUUCAGGUUUUAAAUGAACUGUUCCUAAGAUGUUUUACGUCCACACACCUUCGACUUUAUCAAAAUUCAGACAGUUACUGACAGUCUUUAAUAUUUUGGAGUGAAGGACUUCUACGACUUCACAAAAACUGACAGAUGUUUGGUUGGUGGUUCGGUUGUUCUGGUUUCACUCGACACAAACAGACAGAGUUUCAAACACACUUGGAACCAAGGAUUGGUCAAACAUUAUGUUGUUUUCAUCAGAAAAUCAGGAAUAAUCCAUUAUUUUUAAACAACAGCAGGAACAGACCACAUGUGAGCACUCGAGUUUUAACAAAUGUGAACUGGUUCAAAAAAUCAGACUUAUUUACCAACAUUUAUUUAAAACAAAACACCAAAACAGUACCAAAAAACAGCCAGUAGGAGACACAAAACAACCAGAAAGAGACACGAAACAACCACAAAGAGACACGAAACAACCACAAAGCCACACAAAACACCCACAAAGAGACAUAAAACAACCAGAAAGAGACACAAAACAACCACAAAGACACACAAAAAUUUGCCAAAUUUUGGGGAUUUUUUUUUUUUUAAAUAAAGCUUUAAGGGAAAUGUUUAAGGAAUUAUUGGAAUUUUCUUCCUGAGGGUUUUGCAAAUUUUCUGAAAUUUGGGGAUUUUUUUUGCUUAAUUUUUGGAUUUUUUUUCAGACAAAGAAACUCUAUUUUUGGUGCCAGUAAAUGAAGAUAACAGGAGGGUUAAAAAGAUGUAAAUACGAUGCAGGUGUGUUUGGUUUGUGGGAAAUUGUGGCACAAAUCCUGCAGGAAACAAACUGAAAACCCCAGAACGGCUUCAUUGAGCUGCUUUAGGUCACAUUUUAAAGCUUUGCCGUCUUCAGCAGAGAUAACAGUAACCGGGUCAGUCCGUUCUGAGCUGCUUCAUCAGAUAAAAGGUGUGAAAAUGUUUCCUGUAACCGAGGCUGUAAAAUAUGAUCUCAGUCGUAGAUUUUUCCUCAAAAAAUACAAAAUCUGAGCUCAGAUAUCACUAAAAUGAAAGGGAUCACUUCACAUUGAAUACAUCCAACUAAAACCAAAGCAACUCCUGGAAGUCGGGUCAUUUUUAACUAAAAUACUGAUGAUUUUCUCAAGACAACAUAGAAAUAAUGUCUGUUUUUAAACGUUGGUUCAUAACAGCCAGAAGAUAUUCAGUUCAACAUCAUGUACAACAAGAAAAACAUCAAAUUCUAGAAACUGGAACCAUUAAAUUUAACUCUAAACACAAAGGAUCAUCUGAAUAGCUGCUGAUUAAUAAUCUGUUGAUCAACUAAUCAUUUCCUAAACUUCAAGUUACAAGAGAUGUAAACACAGAGACGCUUUCAGUUCGUCCACAGUAAAUCACUUUACAGCCAAACGUUUCUCUUCUCUGCUCCUCAAAUGUCCUGUAAAUGUUCAUGAUUUCACCAUCACACUUUAUCACUUGUAUAUUUAAAAUGUAAUUUGUAUUAAAAAGAAAAAAAAGGUUUUAUUUUAAAA